UCUUCUUUAAAAAACAAACGAGAUUGCAUCAGAAAAUUGGGAAUACUUCGAAUCGACACGCUUUUCUUGUUUUGCAAAUUAUUUCGUUUGUAAUCAGCUUUUAAUGUUUUGACAACCAUCGUCGAAAAUCUCAGCGUAAAACAUGGAUUUACAGGACCCAAUCCCGGCCAAAAAGGCUAAACUAAAUGAUAGCAAAGAUGGUGGUUAUGCUUACGUUCCAAGCGAGAAAUUCGAAAAUGGUAAGACAUCGUUGGUUUUUGCUCUUAAAGAAGAAGUCGGUACCCUCCAUGAAGCUUUAAAAGUUUUUAAGGACAAUGGCAUCAACCUAACCCACAUCGAGUCAAGGCCUGCCAACGGUCAAUCUACCUAUUUUGAGUUCUAUGUUGACUGCUCUGGAUCAAGAGCAACAUUGGAUCCAGUAUUAAAAGAACUAGAAGAAAAGGCGGAAAAGGUUAAAGUGUUUGCUGGCGAGAAUGAAGAGGUUCCUUGGUUUCCAAAGAAUAUUGCAGAUUUGGAUGAGUUUGCAAACAGAAUUUGCAGCUAUGGCGCUGAAUUGGAUGCAGAUCAUCCCGGUUUCACAGACGAGGUCUAUCGAGCACGGAGAAAAGAAUUUGCAGAUAUUGCCAUUCAAUAUAGACAUGGAGAACCUAUUCCAAAAGUGAACUACACGGAGGCAGAAAUUGAAACAUGGAACACGAUUCUUGGUGAACUCAGCAGAUUGUUUAAAACUCACGCUUGCAAGGAACACAACGACGUCUGGCCCAUGUUGAUGGAAAGCUGUGGCUACAAAAAAGGUCAAAUUCCGCAAUUGCAAGUCGUGUCAAAUUAUUUGAAAGGUCGAACUGGUUUUACUCUACGCCCCGUCGCAGGCUUGCUUUCGUCACGCGACUUCUUGGCUGGCUUGGCAUUCCGUGUCUUUCACAGCACUCAGUACAUUAGACAUUCAUCAAAGCCGCUGUACACACCUGAGCCGGAUAUUUGUCAUGAGUUGAUUGGUCACGUGCCAUUAUUUGCUGAUCCAGCAUUUGCUCGGUUCUCCCAGGAAAUUGGUUUAGCAUCUUUGGGCGCUCCCGAUGAAUGGAUAAAAAAAUUGGCAACGUUGUACUGGUUCACCAUCGAGUUUGGGAUGUGUCGCCAGAACGGGGAACUUAAAGCAUAUGGCGCCGGGCUUCUCUCCUCAUUCGGUGAACUUCAGUAUUGUUUAACAGAUACGCCGGAGAUGAGAGAAUUUGACCCAGAGAAAAUAGCCGAGACUGAAUACCCCAUUACGCAAUAUCAACCAAUCUACUUCGUCGCCGAUAGCUUUGAGUCAGCUAAAGAAAAAGUCAGGGAGUAUGCCGCGAAAAUCCCCCGACCUUUCCAGGUGCGUUACAAUCCAUACACGCAAAACAUCGAAAUUCUGGACAGAAAGGACAAAGUUUUGUCGCUUAUUUCCGAGGUGAAGUGUGAUAUGGACGUCCUCUACGAAGCAUUGAAAAAAGUGUGAAGAAAAAUGGAAAUGGAAAUGGAAAUUGUAAGUUGGACUGAUGAAACUGACACGAAUAACACACGAUUCACGAAUAUCAUUAUUUAUCUUGAACUAUGUUUUAUUGGCUGAGAGGACUUUACUGAAUGGACGACUUUACUGAAUGGACGACUUUACUGAAUGGAUGCUAUAGGCAUUGAGACACGUUUUUGUUAUCUUGGCGAUAAUAUCCUCUGGAAGAGCAGACUAAAAUUAGCUGCGAAAUGUUGUCAAAGUACGGAAAAUACAGCAAUGCGAAGUUGUCAAAUUAACAAAUUUGUAUACUUUUUUAUUACGGCCGGAGUUGCAUAUUUCGGCACGAAAUCCAAAAUAUGCAAAAUUUGGCAAUUCGCGUGACUAUAUUUUCUGCAUUAUGCAAAAUUAUGCUGUGGUGAUUAAUUUUCUCCUUAUAACUUCGAUCAAAAAUUAUAGCGCAAAUUGGAUAUUUUUUAAAUGUUUUGAUCAAAUACUGUAAAAGUUCAAGUUUUUGUAAAAUACAUUGUUGGUUACUGCUGAA